UUGGGGUUGUGUUACAUUCUUGGCCUGUUAACUUGCAUCAAAUUCCCGGAGGCUGUUCUCACUUGAUCAGUGAUGUGUGAUAAGAAACAGAGGGACUCAAUAUGGCUAGUAUGCACAAAAGAUCAUGUUCACCACCUUUAGAUGUGCUGAAUGCCAGUCUACGUGAAGCAGAAAGUCAGUUACCUGCUCAUUCUACAUGGUUCCAGUUAGCUGGAAGCAGUUGUCCUUUGCCCCGUGUGAGUCAACCAUCAUUAGUUCAGCUUCGAGGUUCCACCAUAACAUAAAUAUAAAUUAUUUUGCUGCUGGCCAAGGCAGUUCUGUUGAGGAUUAGUUGUCCGUUGAUAACGAGGACUUGGGCUGGAUCAAGGAUUAUCUGAAAUCCUUCCCUGUUCUUUCCUAUGGUCUGAAAGAGCUAUUGUGCCAUGUUAAUGUUUGUUGCUGAAAAUCUUAACAGAGAUCAUAUGCAGCUAUUGAUAAUUGAUCUAUGGCACUGAACAUCAUGAUAAAAUUUUGUAUGCCUGAGACCAUUGGCCUUCUAUGUUUGACUUGCACGAGAAGUUCAUGGUCAACCGGUUUGUUUUGUCAACAUGUGCAGUGGGAUUCAUAACAGUUUCUGACCAAAUUGUUUAUUUUGCAAUAAGGUGUCUCAUUUAACCAUAACUCCUUUGGGAGGAAGAGCAGCGUGCCCGAGAUGCCAUUGCCUAGGAUGUGUAUAUCUCACUUAUCUUCAGGAUCAGCAUCAAGGGUUAUGCAGCACUUUGCAAAUAAGUCGAUUAGUUUUCCUGGUCUGACUAAUCUGUGAUGUUGGCUCCGCACAACUCAGUACCAACUCGAGAAAAUCUUGUUUGCUAAUCUCUGUUUUUUGCUGAGGAAACUCAUUGUGGUCAUGCUUAGUUAGUUGUGCUCAAUGCUAGUGAUCAGCUCAAUUUGGGAAUCUUCUUAGCUAUGUUAGUUAUCACCUGUAGAUAGCACUAAUCUGAUGCUGCUACUUUUUUUCAAUUUUCCAAGGGCACUAGAUACCGAGAGCUCCAUUGCUGCAAGACUUGUGAAUUGUGGUUCAUUUGGCAAGCUCAUAUUAUGGCAUAUCUAUUGCAAAUGCUGGUUGCUGAAUGUUUGGUGCUGUACUUAAAAGUUUUCCUGCUGUUCCAUACUACAGUGUCGCAUGCAUGGUUAUAAUUUUUUUUUGCCUUUCCUUUAUGGUUGCUGCAUAAUUGGUAUGGUAGAGCAGUAUGCUGCUUGAUUGGUGUUAUCCAAAGUGGAAUGCCGUAUUUCACUGAAUUAUCUGCAUAAGGAUUUUGAGACCAAUAUUACCUGAACUGUUGUCACUUGCACAGAGAUAGGCCAUGUUGUGCUUGCUCCUUGCACGCCAUUUCUAGGUCAUCUAGUUUGGUUAAGUACUUGGUGGGACUGUUCUUAUGCUUGCAUCUGUUCGUCAUCGAGGGCAGUUGAGGUGGAAUGCCAGCUUUGUAACGAGGCCUAUGAUCGGUCUAUGAUCGGUACACCUGGAGUUGUUCUACUGAUCUGCUUGAUAGUCAGUUUAUACCAGAUGAAUGAAAAUAUUUUGCUGUUCUACUGGUUCUUGAGUGUGAAAAUUUUCCCCUAUUAGAACCAUCAUUUUGAAAAUGCACAUCAUGUGUCAAUAGCCCAUGACCAUGCUUGUCACAGCAUUUGUUGGUAGUUGUUUGCUUGUAGUAGUUUGGGCAAUAUUGGAGGCUUCAUUCAAUGAAGGAGUUGCUUCAGUGUUAUAGCUUAAUGAUGUGACUUGUUGGCUUUUCAACAUGGUUUGUAAUUGAAAGAUCUGAUGACUUCUUUAAAGCUUCUUGAAUCUCAGGCUAAUUGAAAAAAAAUUCUUUUUGGAAAUUUUUCCCUUCAACUUCCCUAGCCAUCCUUGCCUUCACAGAACUACGAUCAGUAUUAGAAUUUUGAGUGCUGGUAGCGUGAUUACCAUGAUGAGAACUAGAAGUGUAAUUUUCGAUAAUGUGGUUGAGCUAAUGGCAGGUUUUGUGAUUGGUACUUGUAGUCUCUACUGCUAAUCUAUGAAUAUAUUCAGCUCUGAUGAGAUAUGGAAUUUUAUUUCCUAGUAGAAUGAAUGCAUCAGUGAUAAAGGGUGGCAGUAUGCUGGUAAAGUUUGUUAAUUGAUAUCACGAAGGGCUGAAUUCAUGAUGAAGUGUCUUGGGAAUUUGCAAUUUGUGAUUCCUGUUUAUAUUUCAGGUAUAAGUUAUGACAAUAAUACAGCAACCUCGUCUGGAAAUUGAGCUGAAUAUAAAUUCAUGCGAUCUGAUGAAUAAUGUGCUACAUUCUAUAAACAUUGGCUAGAACUGUCAAGGUAGUUUGUGGCUUCGGAGUAGAUGUCAUAUCAGUUAGAAAUGUCUAAAUGUAUAUUGGGAACCUGGGACUCACUUGAGUGUGCUUUAUGGCGGCAUCAAAAGUAUAUUAUUUAUCUAUUUUUCAUCAUUCAGGUCAUGCUAGAGAGAGACACUGGCCGCCCCCGUGGAUUUGGAUUUGUGACAUUUGCUGAACCACGCGCUGUGGAGGAUUCCAUCAGAGAGAUGCAUAACCAAGAGUUGGAUGGUCGGGUCAUUUCAGUGAACAAGGCUCAGCCUAAGAUGAGUUCAGAUGACACUGGCUAUGGUUAUGGUGGUGGGGGCUACUCAUCAGGUGGCAGAGGGGGCUAUCGUGGUGGUGGAGGUGAUGCCCCCCCACCUGUAGGGCAUGGCGACUGCUUCAAGUGUGGGCGUCCAGGACACUGGGCCCGUGAAUGCCCUUCAGCUGGAGGUGGCGGCGGAAGAUUCUCUUCUCGUUCCAGGUUUGGUGGGAGUGGUGGAGGUGGUGGGCAUGGCGAGCGUUUUGGAGGGCCUGACCGCUAUCACGACCGUUACAUGGAUGAUCGUUAUGAUGGAGGCCGUUAUGGGGAUCGCGACCGUCUUGACAAGGACAGUAGGUAUAGUGGUGUGCGUGAUCGCUAUGCCAAUGAUCGAUAUCCGCCUGGUGAUCGCAUUUAUGGUGAUAGAUAUGCUGUGGGGACAGAUCGUUACCCUCAAAAUGGUUAUGGCAAGGAAAGAGGUUAUGACAAGGAUGGACCACGGGGUAGCAGCGGCUAUGACCGAUAUGGACAGAGGGGUGGUGGUGGUGACAGAUAUGGCGGUGGUGGACCUGCACGUAAUGAGGGGGGUGGUAGUUAUAGGGACAGACCUGGGCCUUACGAUCGUCCCAGCAGGAGCGGACGCCCAUCAUCCUAUGAUGAUCGCUACUAAUGCAUGUUGAUUGCUGUUAUGGCACUCGCUCCUGCUAUUGGGUUACAUUUAUGGAUGACAGAAUUUUGGGUAUUGUUAUAUGGUUGUGUUUGUGAUAUUUUAGGAUGUGUUCUGGACCGAUGUGAUGAUUUUGUUUUGUUUAUAGGACUCACAACUAUCAUUUUCACAAGCUAGUAGAAUUCACUCUGGAUCGAGCUUGGGUUCUGUUGCUGUAUGAUCCUUCACUGCUAUGAGAAUCUGUUAGAAUCUGUUUCAUUCA